AUGGGGCUCUUGUUGGUGAUUUAUUACUAUUUAGUGCAAAUCAGCUACCGGCAUAAGGGAGAGGUGUGCGGGAGCCGCCCUCCCUCAGGCCAGACUGGAGAUGAGGAAGAGGAGGAGGAGGAGGAGGAGGAGCUUCACCUUUCACAGAGAAGCAAUGAAGCCUCCGGUGAUUCUGUGAUGAAGAAAAGUGAUGAAGCCGGACUCGACUCAAGCCCAGUUCAACAUGUAGAAGGUAACAGAGCGGAAACAAAGGAAGACGCUGCUGCUGAUGUAGACGCCGCUGCUGACGAGGACGGAGGCGAUUUGUUGGACGGAGACGACGACUGGGAACCCGAUUCGCCGCGGACGUCGAAGAGGAAGAGGAAGCGAGGAGCCAAAGCGUCCGGCGUGGAGCGGAAGUUGAUCUCGAGCAGUAAAACGCCCUGUAAAGUCUGCGGGGUUUGGUACAGGACACGAGGCAGUUUAAUCAAACACGCCUGGAGCCACGUGGAUGAGCCGCGGUGCAUCUGCGGAGUGUGCGGCGAGCGCUACGAGUCCGCGGACGACUUGAAGGCACAUCUCAAAAAAUACCAAAAAACCCACGAGUGCUCGUACUGCAGGAAGUCCUUCCUCACCGUCACCGGCCUCAAGUGCCACACCACCCUCCACACGGGAAACAGGCCGUUCAAGUGCGACGUCUGCGGCAAGACCUUCGCUCACAUGUCCAGCUUGAGUAACCACCGCUGGGUGCACGUGGAGGAGAAACCGUACAAGUGCGCCGUCUGCCCGAAGGCAUUUGGCCUGAGGGCUCAGCUCCAGGCCCACGUCAAGGUGCACACGGGCCGAGACCGGUACCACUGCUCUGUCUGCGGGAAGUCGCUGUACGACCUGCGCUCCCUCACCCGCCACAAGGCCACGCACUCGGGGGAGCGGCGCUACGGCUGCGACGUCUGCGGGAAGCGCUUCAAACUCUCGUGCACGCUUAAGUCUCACGAGAAGACGCACGCGGCGAGGGAGCGGCCGUUCCUCUGCCACGUCUGCUGCAAGACCUUCCUCUCCAACUGCGGCCUGACGGCGCACAUGCGGACGCACAGUGGCGAGCGGCCGUUCGCUUGCGGCGUCUGCGGUAAAGGCUUCGUGUCCAACGGCGAGCGCAAGGCGCACACGCGCGUGCACACGGGCGAGGCGCCGUACGGCUGCUCGGAGUGCGGCCGCUUCUUCAAGCGCAAGACCCACCUGAGCAACCACGUGAGGAGCCACCUGGGCAUCAAGCUGUUCGUGUGCGCCGUGUGCGGGAAGCCGUGCUCCCGCCAGGAGCACCUGACGGUCCACAUGAGGACGCACAACGGGGAGAGACCCUACCAGUGCACCGUCUGCGACAGGGCCUUCACGCAGAGCCACUGUCUGAAGACGCACAUGAAGAGCCACGGGGGAGCGGGGGGGGACGCGUGCCUGAACGCACCGUGAAGGUCUGAGAGGAAGACGAGACCAGAACACAGUUUGUUUGUUUUUAAACGGAGCAAAACAAACUUUCAGAAGUAUCACGAUACCGAUCCACAUGAGCCGAUACCGAUCGUUUUUGUUGUAUUGUUUUUGUUCAUAACAGCUGAUCCACAGGACCGUCCCAAAAAUCAUUCAAACUGCUC